UUCUGAGCUCAGUGAAAGCAGUCAAAGGAGAAGGCGGGACUCUGGCAAGUUCCCCUUGUAACUUCCCCCACCCUUUGCUUCCAAACUCUGUUCCACCUCUAGCUGGAUUCUAGCCUUUGCUGCAGCUGCUCUCUAGCCAUUUGCAGGACCAAAACAAAGGCGGCCGGCCAUCAUUCCCAGGAUGGUGAUCCGUGUGUAUAUUGCAUCUUCCUCUGGUUCUACAGCGAUUAAGAAGAAACAGCAAGAUGUACUUGGUUUUUUAGAAGCUAACAAAAUAAGAUUUGAAGAAAAAGACAUUGCAGCUAAUGAAGAGAAUCGGAAGUGGAUGAGAGAAAAUGUACCUGAAAACAGUCGACCAGCCACAGGGUACCCCCUGCCACCUCAGAUUUUCAAUGAAAGCCAGUACCGUGGGGACUAUGAUGCCUUCUUUGAAGCCAGAGAAAAUAAUGCAGUGUAUGCAUUUUUAGGCUUGACAGCCCCACCUGGUUCAAAGGAAGCAGAAGCGCAGGCAAAGCAGCAAGCAUGAACCUUAAUCAUUAUGCCUUAAACAUCCUGAAAAAUGAUCAGAACAGAUGAUCUCCCACAAAAAAUAUGGAUACAAUCAAUUGACAAUAUCCUUGCUUAACUGCACAGCUAUGAUGCAAUUAUGUUUCUAAGUUGCUUGCCUCAGUGAAACAUGUAUAUAUAUGUUAUGAAAGAGGGAUAGCAUGUAAAUUUAAAAUGGCAUUCUUUUGCAAAAAGCUCAGACUUCUAAUUAACUAUUAUAAAAUAGGUCAGCACUCAGUGCCCAAGACUGGUUUUCCUUAAGUCUUGCUAAAAAAAAAAUCUUAGUGGUUCACCCUUUUAAAAUAAUUUGUGGUCAUGAAUGCACUACCUCUUAGACAUUUGAACUGUUUGUUUCAGCUUGGGCAAAUAUUGUAUGAAUAUGUUAAUCUAAGCAGAGAGAAUCUUUUCUAUGCUUCUAUUCCAGUGAAUAGCACAAGUAUCAGAUAAAAAAAUUUUUAAAACAUUAAUUAUGAAAACUUCUAAGAAAACAAAAAACACUAUGGCUUAAUUACUUACUGAGAAGAUAUACAUUUUGUACCUUAGUUCCACAUGCUUUAUUACUUAAAAAAUAACACCUUUUUCUUUAAAUUAGUUUAUCAUAUCAUUUGAUGUAUGCAAGUCUGUACUUUAUGGCAGAAUAAACAUAUAAUGAAGACAUGGCUUUGUUUACUGAGAUUAAAACUUAAUAUGUUGCUUUAAAAUAAACUCAGUCCCUUUAGAAA